AUGCCCAUGCUCGCUCUCUGUUUCUCGAAACCUACAAGCUCAUUCUUCGAAACCAACAGCAAGCUUGAUCCUUCCUCUUCUUCAUUUGAUGCAACAGCAUGGGUGAGCUCUUUCAUGCACCUGCUAGAGUCACGCUCUGGUGAAGCACCACCUUUGAGAAAAAGCGGCAUUGCAUAUCGCAACCUCAGUGUUUCGGGAUAUAGCAACGGGGCUUCGUACCAGAAGAGCACUGGGAACAUCCCUCUCAGUAUCCUAUCAUCCGUUGCGGCGUUGACUGGCAACAGUCGACGUACGAAAAAAAUCGGGAUUCUGCAGGACUUUGAGGGCAUUGUUAAUGAUGGUGAGAUGCUUCUGGUGCUUGGUCCGCCGGGAUCAGGAUGCUCCACCCUAUUAAAGACUCUGGCUGGGCAGACAAGCGGCCUGAAAAUUAAUCCCGAAUCAUAUCUUAACUAUCGAGGAAUACUUCCCAAGUAUAUGCACCAUCGAUUCCGUGGCGAUGUACUCUACAAUGCCGAAUUAGAUGUCCACCUUCCGCACCUCACUGUCGGAGAAACACUCACUUUCGCGGCGCGCGCGAGAGCAUGCACAAACAUUCCGGGAGACAGCGCCGUACAAGCAAGCAACAUUAUUCGGGAUGUAGUCAUGGCCGUUUUUGGGAUCGCACACACCAAGAACACCCGAGUCGGAGACGAGUACGUGCGCGGAGUCAGCGGUGGUGAGCGCAAACGCGUCAGUAUCGCUGAGGCAGCUUUGACUGGGGCUAGAUUCCAAUGCUGGGACAAUUCAACUCGCGGAUUAGACAGUCAGAAUGCAAUCCAGUUUUGCAAGAAUCUACGUGUACAAGCGGACUAUAUGGAUCUGGCCUCUGUGGUAGCCAUUUAUCAGGCUCCGCAGGAUGCUUACGAGCUAUUCGAUAAAGUCACAGUGCUUUAUGAAGGGAGGCAGAUUUUCUAUGGUCGAGUACAGGACGCCAAGAAGUAUUUCGAGGAUCUUGGGUUCGAAUGCCCUAAGAGGCAAACCACGCCUGAUUUCUUGACCUCAAUGACCAGUCCACAAGAGCGCAGGAUCAGACCCGGGUACGAGAGUCUGGCUCCGCGGACACCAGAAGACUUUGCCCUGAGAUGGAAACUCAGCGAUCAACGCCAAUGCCUCAUGCAGGAAAUCGAAGCAUACGAGAACACUCAUCACCAGAAGUUACUGCUGGAAGAAUUUACCAAGUCCCGGCGAGCAGAGCGUGGAAGUUUCCAAAGCACCAGGUCUCCUUAUAUCUUGUCCUAUUGGAAACAGGUUGAGCUGUGUCUUUGGCGCGGGUGGCGAAGGCUACUAGCAGAUCCAGAAUUUACCAUCACGCAGCUCAUAUUUAAUUCCAUUGUCGGUCUGGUAUUGGGUUCCAUGUUCUACGGCCUGAAAGAUGACACCUCGAGUUUCUACUACCGGGGAGGCCUGCUGUUCUUCGCGCUGCUAUUCAACGCCUUUUCAAGUCAGCUUGAGGUUCUCACACUGUAUGCCGAACGUCCCACUGUCGAGAAGCAUAAUCGUUACGCCUUCUAUCAUCAGUCUGCCCAAUCCAUCGCCAGCUACCUGAUCGACAUUCCAUAUAAGACAGCUAACAUGAUUGUAUUCAAUACGCUCAUAUACUUCAUGUCGGGUUUUCGUCGCGAAGCUGGCUCUUUUUUCUUCUUUUGCCUGGCUUCGUACAUCACCACCUUGGUUAUGUCUGCAGUCUAUCGCACUCUAGCGAGUGUUACCCGCACCUCCCAUCAAGCCAUGGUUCCAAGCUCUCUCCUCACUAUAGGAGUCAUGAUAUAUACUGGUUUCACCAUCCCCACCCCUUAUAUGCCGGGGUGGUCUCGUUGGAUGGCGUACAUAAAUCCCCUGGCCUAUGCAUUUGAAGCCCUGAUGGCGAAUGAGUUUUAUGGAAGAAGCUUUCCGUGUGCUCAGAUUGUCCCAGAGGGUCCAUCUUACGGGAACGUGACACUAGAUCACCGGAUUUGUGCAGCUGUGGGCUCUGUGCCCGGCUCGUCGUUCGUUGAUGGUGAAACAUACAUCAACCAAGCAUUUGACUAUUGGAAUUCCCAUAAAUGGAGGAACGUCGGUAUUCUUUUUGGUUUUCUCAUCGGCUUUCUCGCGAUCUACUUCAUUACUGCCGAGUACGCUCGUCCACCCCGAAAUAAGGGUGAAAUUCUAGUAUUUCGCAGAGGGAAGGUUCCACGUGAAUCUGCUGCUCAAAAGUCAGAUGUUGAAUCUCUGGAGGUACAAAGGCCUGUUGUUUCCGAGCGUAUCGAAAGAAAUGGCCCUAUCAACAAAAGCGAGCAGUCACGGCCUGUUUUCCACUGGGAAGAUCUCUGUUAUGAUAUCAAGAUCAAAGGCGAGACUCGCAGAAUCCUCGACCACAUAGACGGCUGGGUGCGACCAGGAACAUCCACUGCACUUAUGGGUGCAUCCGGUGCAGGGAAGACAACUCUUUUAGACACUCUAGCAGCCAGGGUGACCAUGGGAGUGGUAUCCGGGAAUGCCCUGGUCAACGGUAUACCCACGGAUGCCUCUUUUGCCCAUAAAAUUGGCUACGUGCAGCAACAAGAUCUGCACCUUGGGACAAUGACAGUCCGCGAAGCACUGGAGUUUAGUGCUAUUCUUCGUCAACCUGCUGAUGUGCCCCGCGAUGAAAAAAUGGCAUACACAGAAGAAGUCAUUGAUAUGCUUGACAUGCAGGAAUUUGCAGACGCUGUUAUCGGCGUUCCCGGAGAAGGUCUCAAUGUCGAGCAACGCAAGCGGCUAACCAUCGGAGUAGAGCUUGCUGCAAAGCCUGAGCUCCUCGUCUUCUUGGAUGAACCUACUUCAGGCCUAGAUUCCCAGACCUCGUGGGCAAUAUGUGACCUGAUUGAGAAACUGGUGAAGAGCGGCCAAGCAGUUCUAUGCACCAUUCACCAGCCUUCUGCAGUGCUUUUCCAAAGAUUUGACCGCCUUCUUCUACUUCAACCAGGCGGGAAAACAGUCUACUUUGGUGAGCUUGGCAGUAAUGCUCGUACGUUAAUCAAUUAUCUUGAGUACAACGGAGCCCCAAAGUGUCCUCCAAAUGGAAACCCCGCAGAGUGGAUGCUUAGUGUCACUGAGCCUGCUUCUCAAAAGUCUGACACUCAGCUUGACUGGUCUCAAAUAUGGCGCUCUUCACCUGAAUAUCGGCAGACGAAAGAGGAACUUGCUCAACUAAAGCAGCGUUCUGCCAACCAGGCUUUGAGUACCUCAUUGACCGCAACAAGCGACUCCCAGCACCACGAGUUUGUCGCUUCAUUCCCGGCUCAAUUUUGGCAAGUUUUAAAGCGCGUCUCAAAGCACUUCUACCGCUCCCCGAGCUAUAUUUACUCGAAAGCAGCCUUGGUGGCCUUGUCGGCAUUGUACGUCGGUUUCAGCUUCAAGGCUGACAACAGUAUCCAAGGGCUUCAAAAUCAGGUCUAUGCCUUCUUCAUGUACUUGACUAUUUUUGGCAGUCUGCACGAACAGAUAACGCCCGUGUUUAUUCCCCAACGUGCGCUCUACGAAGUGCGUGAGCAGCCGUCGCGAAUGUACAGAUGGACGACAUAUCUUCUCUCAAACAUACUCGUCGAAAUCUUCUGGAACACCCUCAUGGCCGUCCUGGUUUAUUUCUGCUGGUUUUACCCUGUUGGCUUUGCUCGGAACAUGUCUGCCGAUGACGAGCACAUUCGCGGGUUUCUCAUAUUCCUCUUCUCGUGGAUGUUCAUGCUCUUCGUCAGCACCUUUUCCCAUCUUUGCAUUGCAGCGAUUGAAACACCGGAUAUGGCAGGAGCCGUAGCUACAUUGAUCUGGGUGCUAUGCAUUACAUUCUGCGGGGUGGGCGUCGCCAAAGCCGACCUCCCAGGUUUCUGGAUCUUCAUGUACCGCCUUUCGCCAGCAACAUAUCUGGUAAGCGGCGUGUUAUCAACCGCAUUAACAGGUUCCAAAAUCAUCUGUGCGCCACAUGAAAUCCUUCGCAUGCAACCAGCUGCGAAUCUGACUUGUGGCGAGUAUAUGAGCGACUUCAUACGCAACGCUGGUGGGUAUCUUCUGGACGAAGAUGCGAGAGACCAAUGCGAGUAUUGUCGGUUGACUUCUACGGAUGAUUAUCUGGCAACUUUCGACAUCUAUUAUACAGAUAGAUGGAGAAAUUUUGGUUUGCUUUGGGUCUAUAUAGGGGUUAAUAUUGUCGCGGCUUUGGGUGUGUAUUGGCUUUUCCGUGUUCCUAAGACUCCACGGGUUAAGAAGGGGGAAUAG